UCUCACAAAAUCUUUUUUGUUGGAAGCUUCCAUCCGCCUUAAGUAUAUUCAUCUUGGUGUAGCCUGCUAUUCUUUCCCCCGCACAUAUCAUUCUCUGACCUACACCAUCUUUUACCUAAACUACCGCAAAAUUAGUAACAAUGUCUGCCGAGGAACACCCCGUUGAGUACCUCGCCCUUGAGGCCCUUGAGGACGAGUUUGAGGAUGUUGAGGUUGAGAUUCUCUGCAAGCAGCACGAGCUCACCAAGGACCUCUACGUGAAGCGCCAGGCCGUCAUUGACAAGAUCCCUGGCUUCUGGCCUCUCGUCAUCGAGCAGUCCCCGCCCGAGAUUGACGAGUACAUCCAGCCCACCGAUGCUGCUCUGUUCAUGACCUCCCUGACCAACCUCCACGUGGAGCGCCACGAGCUGCCCAACGGUGACCCCCGCAGCGUCAGGAUCACCUUUACCUUCUCUGAGAAUGACCAUUUUGAGAACAAGACGCUCACCAAGGAGUUCAACUGGCGCAACGCCAAGGACGGCUCCUCCGGCUACGUCUCUGUCCCCGUCGAGAUUCAGUGGAAGGAGGGCAAGGACCUGACCAACGGCAUGCUCGACCUCGUCAGCAAGGUGUACAAGGAGGACGCGGCCGACUCGGACAACAAGAAGAAGCUCAAGGAGCUCAUCGAGGAGACUGGCCUCGACGGCCUCAGCUUCUUCUCCUGGUUCGGCUACCACGGUACCAAGAUCACCGAUGCUGAGCACCAGGAGGCCACCAAGAAGCUCGAGGAGGUCCGUGCCCUGCGCAAGGCUGGCAAGGCUCCCGAGGAACCCGACAUGGACGAGGAUGAGGAUGAGGAUGAGGACUGGGAGAUCUGCCCCGGCGCUGACGAUGUCGCCGUCUGCAUCGCAGAGGAUCUCUGGCCCGGCGCCAUCAAGUAUUUCAGUGAGUUACCUCCCUUGAACAUGCACUCUUGAGUGUUUCGUCCUUGUACUAACUACCUGGCAGUGAACGCCCAGGAAGGCGACACCUUCAGCGACAUGGACUUUGAGGACGCUUCAGAUGAGGAGAUGGAGGAAUAGAGUUCCUCGAGCUCGGAACAUGUUGCGUGCCCAUUGAGUUGGAUACCCCUUUGAUCGAUGUGCCUGGGCAAGAUUUGGUGCUUGCCCCAGGGUUUCUUUUUGUUGAUGGUGGGAAAUAGAGCGAUUGGAUACCAUUUCGUACAGUGGCAUCAAGCUCUCCGAGCUGGAAAUGAUACACAUGACUAUUGAACUGAAUUAGCCUUGAGGCGGAAUACACACUUCCAUGACCGUACAUUGAUUGAUC